CUGGGCGGGGCGGGCGCGCCCGCGCCUCCCGGGCAGUGACUCACAGGGCGUGGAGUGCGGGUCCCGCAGCGGCGGCGGCAGCGCAUCCCGCGCCUCCCCCCGCUCCCGCACUACUCAUUGUUCCGCCCGCUCCAGGCACCAUGGACGAGCUGGACCAGUCGCCCCUGGUCUCCUCCUCCUCCGGGCCAGCCCGGCCGCAGCAGCCACAGUUUAACUACCAGUUCGUGCUCGACGACGAGAAGGAGGAGGAGGAAGAGGAGGAAGAGGAAGACGAGGACGAAGACUUCGACGAACAGCUGGAGGUGAUGGAGAGGAAGCCUGCCGCGGCUCCCGCCGCAGCCCCGCAGGAGCGGCCGCCACAGCUGCUGGACCUCGGUGGCCCCGCCGAGCCGCCCCGCCCCGCUGCUCCGGAGCCGCCGCAGCCCGACUGGAGCCCCCGGGGAGCUGUGUCCUCUUCCUCCUCCUCUGCCACGACGCCGUCCCCCGCGCAGGAGCAGGUCCCGGCCCCCGCCCGGCCCUCACAGCCCCAGCCGCCCAAGCCCGAGCCUGCUGUUGUCCCCCGGAGCAGAGGGUCCUCCUCCGGCUCAGCUGAUGAGAACCUUUUUGCUCUUCCUGCUACACCUGCGCCUCUGAUGCACUCCUCUGCAGAAAAAGUUAUGGACUUGCAGGAGCAGCCAGGUAGCACUAAGGCGCUGGGGCAAGAGGAUUUUACUGCAGUCCCGCUUGAUCCUGCUCCUUCUCUUCCCUCCUUCUCUCCUCUCUCAGCUGAUCCCUUUAAAGAGCACGCAGCCUUUGGUACCCUCUCAGAUGGAUUCCCUGCAAGAGGCACUUGCAAAGAGAGCUCCAGUGAGGUUUAUAAAGAACCUAUGAAAAAUACCACAAACCCCUUUCUUGCAGAGGGAAAUGAUAAAGACAUUUCUGAGAUUAAAUACUCACAACCCCCAUUUGCUAAAGAAGCAGCAGCCAUUUUAUCUCCAGCUAAAGAAAAAACACAGCUAGAGGGCCCUGAAGAAUUACCUAAACUGGAGAAAACACCUGCAGAGCAGCUGAAAAUGUCUCCAGAAUCUCCCCAAGAUUUAUUUGAAAGAAACGAGGAAGAUCUCUUCUAUAACAAAGACAAGUACAGAGGAGGUGGCGAUCAUGCUGAAAAAGGGGUGCUGAAAGAAGGCUCUCUUAGGAGGGAAGAAUAUGCAGACUUCAAACCAUUUGAGCCAAUAUGGGAAGUCAAAGGUGCUAGUCAUGGACUGAGCAGCAUGAGAGAGGAUGUUGGAAGUAAGAUAGAAGCCAAGCUGGAGAGCAGUUUGGAUGACAAGUAUGGCGUGGGUAAGCUGACUGUGCAGAAGGAUUACGAAAGAGACAGUGAAGGCAGUGCUGAAGAGCCCUCCUUCCCAAGCACCCCAGAAGCUGUAAAAGAACCUUACAUCACUUGUACUAAAUUUGACUCCUCUCCAAGUCCUGGUGGUAACAAAGGCAAGUCUCUUUCUCCACUAGAGGAAGGCAUUUCAGAAAAUAGAACCGACGAUGAGAAAAAAAUUGCAGAACUGAAAGCUCAGCCGGGCCCAGAGCAAGGUGAUUUUGCUGCUGGAGCAGGUGGGCAGGAAGGGCAGGGAGCUGACCCUGCUAAAGCGCAGGGGGUCCCGUCAGUGUCACCCAACAGCGCCGCAAACAUGCCCGAGGGUCUCACUCCUGACCUGGUGCAGGAGGCCUACGAGAUGCACGAUGCAGCCUGCACAAAGCUGGCUUAUGAAACCAAGAUUGAUUUGGUGCAAACCUCAGAGGCGGCGCAGGAGACUCUGAAACCCGCGGCACAAAUCUGCCCCUCCUUCGAAGGCUCGGAGGCCGCUCCAUCGCCCAUACUGCCCGAUAUUGUUAUGGAAGCCCCGCUGAGCACCGGCACUGCUGGGGCAGAGGCAUCUGCUGUGCAGCUGGAAGCUUCCCCACUAGAAACAUUCAUGCCCACUGCCAAGUAUGAGAAUGUAAAAGAGGCUGAAAAACCUCCCAUAUACCAAGAGGCAGUGAAUGUACCGCUGACACAGGCCCAGGAAGCAAAGGAGACGUUGGCAUUUAAGCGACCUGAUGAUGAGAGUAGCACCACUCCUGAAGAUCUGGAGACUCCUUAUAUAUCUAUUGCAUGUGACUUAAUUAAGGGAACAAAGGUCUCUGGUGAAUCUCCUUCUCCAUCUUUCACAGAGUAUUCAAAGGCACCUCUAACAGAAAGCAUUUCUCAGGAUGUGCCUGAAGACAAGGAACUAGAUGGAACCCCAUCUCCACAGUUUGGAAAAGCUGGUCUGUUUAAUAGCCAAAUGAUAUCUGACUUUGCUGAGGAAGCAAGUGAAGAUCCAUCUCUCCUCUUAAAAAGUAAAUCCACUGAGAGUAUUGCAACUGAUGAAGAACGUGAGGAGGAAGGACUGGUGGAUUCAGUAGCUGCCACGGGCAAGCCUUAUCUAGAGUCAUUCCAACCUGAGCUGGACUCUUCCAAAAUUGUUGCUGCUCCACCACCUGAGCCAAUACCUACAAAAAUAGCCAAGGCAGAUAAGAUUCCUCUUCAAAUGGAAGAGCUGAAUGCUUUGGCUUAUUCAGCUGAUGCAUCUGUUGCUAUGGAACCGAAAACAGGAGAUGACAAAGCUCUCUCACCCAUGGAGUCUUCCCCAGUCUCAGUGGAAGAAGACUUUGUGAUGUUAGGUCAUCCUAAAGCUGUUCCUGAAUUUGAGACAGAAGCCACUGACCGAGAAACAAUGCACAAAGAUGAAGGUGAAGACAUCAGUAAGGUGAUCCAGGGUGAGAAGCAGCUGCCUUGCUCAGAGCUGCCCUGUGAUCUGUCUGUGAAGAAUGUAGAAGUAAAAGCUGAGGAAGAUAGCAAUGCCUUGAAAAAGUCUUUGGAGGCUGUGGACAGAGAAGUGCCUGAAGUAUCCACCAUGUCCUUACCAGCCACAGAUACCUCACCUUUAUCUGCUGAAAAAGAGAUAGUCAGUGUAGUAAAACCAGGAGCUUUUGAGAAGGAAGCUGAGAAAGAAGCUGCUUCUGUUAAAGAAAAGAAAAAACCUACUGCUGUAUUUUCAGCAAAGCUGAAUAAGUCUUCAGUUGUUGACCUCCUUUACUGGCGAGACAUCAAGAAGACCGGGGUGGUGUUCGGAGCCAGCCUGUUCCUGCUGCUCUCAUUAACAGUGUUCAGCAUCGUCAGCGUCACAGCCUACAUCGCCCUGGCCCUGCUCUCUGUCACCAUCAGCUUUAGGAUAUACAAGGGAGUCAUCCAGGCAAUCCAGAAGUCUGAUGAGGGCCACCCCUUCAGGGCUUACCUGGACUCGGAUGUGGCCGUGUCGGAGGAGCUCAUCCAGAAGUACAGCAACGUUGUGCUGGGCCACGUCAACGGCACCGUCCGCGAGCUGCGGCGCCUCUUCCUCGUCGAUGACCUGGUGGAUUCCCUCAAGUUUGCAGUGUUGAUGUGGGUGUUCACUUACGUUGGUGCCUUGUUCAAUGGUCUGACAUUACUGAUCCUGGCUCUGAUUUCGCUCUUCAGCGUCCCUGUUAUUUAUGAGAGACAUCAGGCCCAAAUCGACCAUUACCUGGGACUUGUGAACAAGAAUGUCAAAGAUGCCAUGGCAAAGAUCCAAGCAAAGAUCCCUGGGUUGAAGCGCAAAACUGAAUAAAAUAAACCUGAAGCAACUUAUCAAUAGGAAAGAAAGUUCAUCUUUUAAGGGGGAAAAAUACUCAUUGGAUUUACAUGGGGAGGGUCAGGGAAUAGCAAACCCCUUGACAUUGCAGUGCAAUUUCACAGAUCUUUAUUUUUUAGCAACGCAGUGUUUGAGGAAAAAUAACUGUUUUGACUGCCAUGUGUUUCAUCAUCUUUAAGUAUUGUAAGCUGCUAUGUAUGGAUCUAAAACUAAUCAUCUUUCCUUAUCCUGUGUGCAGCACUGGCUAAUACAAACGACUGAGACAGCUGUACAUUUGCUUCAUCAGAGGUAGUUCCUGCUGCGUGCCGGAGGUGUAGAGCAGGUGGGGCAGAGGAGAACACUUCCCAGUUUGUGCACUGUGUAUGGUCUGUGUAGAUUGAUGCAGAUUUUCUAAAAUGAGAUGUUUUAGAAGAAUAUACCAGUUUAGCAAGUUUUGAAAAAUCUUGCCUUUUUGGUAUGAGUAUAGCUGUAUUGUGAUUUUGUUUUAUCAAUUGCCAAUAUAUAUAUAUAUAUAUAUAUAUAUGUGUUUCACAAAGCUUAGAUCUUUCAGCUGCUCCACAGUGCUUUGUACUUCAGAGAACUGACUGAGGCCUGGACGAGCUCCAGAGCACACAAGCUUGAGAAACUAAAAAGUCUCUGUAAACACUGGCAUCUGUUGGAAACAACAAAAGAGAAAUGAACAAAGAACCUCCACACAGAGUAAAAGAAACUUACAGCAUACACUUUGUUGCACAAACGUACAGUAGUUGAUUUUGAGCAAAUAAUUCUCCAGCUUUCAGACUCUGAUAAUCUGUGGACCGAGUAUCUAAUGCUGCAAAUGUUGUUUGGAAACUUAAAGCCCUGUCCUGUUAUGCAAGAAAAUGAUAAGUGAAAAUUUAUACACUUGCAGUUUGAGCUGUACUGAACUAAGUCUGUGGAAUGCAUUGUGAAAUGUAAAAAAAAAAAAAAUCCCAACAAAAAAGGAAAAAAAAAACCAACCCCAAAACCCCAAGUAUCAAUAAAGCUUAUAGACAUAAAAUGAUACCAGUAUUUGGCUUUCUUGAGGCAAGUUUAAUAUAUUUGUGUUUAUUUGAAGUUCCUUGUGAUAAAUUUCCAUGGUCCAUGGUGAUGGCAGUAGUGUCCGACUAGAGCGCGGUGCAGGGUGGGUUUGUCACGGUCCCUUUUCUUCCUCUGCAGCCUGAAGGAGCUGCUCAGGGCCACCUCCAGUGUCCCAGGGAGCUCUGGAAGGGUGUUGGGCUCUUGGAGUUUUGAGACAGGAAUGGUUGAUGCCAUUUUCAUGUUUGAAGGAAAUAAGUCCCAAUAAUCUUUCCAGGUCAAUGUGUUGAUUCUGAUUUAAGAGCUGGACAUCGAAAACUUGUGUACAAAUUUAUUUGAGAUGCAGAUUUUAACUGAAUGGCAUCUUGACCAUUGAAAAAUAGAAAUUCAUGCAUUAAUAUUUCAUUUUACAGUAAAAUACAGCAUUACUUCUGAGCAUUUUAUACAGGAAGCCAGACCAUAGAAACAUACAAACCAUAGGUAAGUGUUUUCCUGACAGACACUAUUGCUUGAAGAUAUUUCUCACAUCACUCUUAAUUCAUUCUGCCACACAACUGGUUUUAUUUGGGAUACAAUCAACGUGGAAGGAAGGCAAACAUGAGUGGUUACAACACAGGCAGAGGUGCUCACUGCUGGCACCACCUGACAGAACAGGAUUUGAUCCCGAAGGUUCUUUGAGAAAAAGACUGCAUAGGGACUCGCACUGUGUAUCUGACAAACUGCUCUGCUGUAUAGUCAUAUAAGGCAUUAAUAAAUUCAAUUGUAAAAAAAAA